GCGCCCGGGGCAGGUCCCGGCUGCUCGCGGUGCGGAGUGUCUCGGAUGUGAACGCGCGCGCGCGGUGUGAUGGGACGCGCGAGCUCGUGAUCGCGAUGCGCGCGCUGUGGCUGCUGGCGUGCGCGGUGCUGGCGGCGAGCGAGGCCGCACCGCCGCGCCUGGACGCCGGCCCGUGCAGCUGGACCGCCGACAACGACACCUCGGGCCGCGGGCUGGUGUGGUGCCGGCUGCGCACCCUGGACGGCGGGGCGGGUCUGGGCGCCCUGCAGGCAGAGGGCACGGCGCGCCUGCGCGUGCAGUGCAGCGACCUGCUGCUGUUCGAGAGCGCGCUGCCGCCGCGCGCCUUCCACCGCCUGGCGCAGCUGCAGGAGCUGUCCGUGGAGGACUGCAAGAUCCUGCACCUGCCGCCCGACGCCUUCGACGGCCUGCGCGACCUCAAGCGGCUGGCCGUGAACACGCGCAACGCCGAGUGGGGCUCGGGCAAGUCGCUGGAGGUCUCCCCGUCCAGCCUGCACGGCCUGCGCGAGCUGCAGGUGCUGGACCUGGCCGACAACAACAUCCGCGCGCUGCCCGAGGACGCCUACUGCUACCUCGGCAACCUGCAGACGCUCAACCUGACGCGCAACCGCAUCCGCCACGCCGACUGGCUGGGGUUCGGUGGCGCGGCGCGGGCGGAGUGCGGCGGCGGGCUGGACGUGCGCGCGCUCGACGCCUCGUGGAACCAGCUGCAGAUCCUGCCCGCCGGCUCGGGCCUGUCGCGCCUCAGGCAGCUGCAGAGCCUGCACCUGCAGCACAACGAGCUGGCCGAGAUCCACGGCGACGCCUUCGACGGCCUGGCGUCGCUGCGCGUGCUCAACCUGUCCAGCAACCGGCUGGAGACGCUGCCCGAGGGCCUGUUCUCCAGCGCCAAGGAGCUGCGCGAGGUGUACCUGCAGAACAACUCGCUGUACGAGCUGGCGCGCGGCCUGUUCCGCCGCCUGGAGCAGCUGCUCGUGCUCGACCUGUCCGACAACCAGCUGAGCUCCAGCCACGUGGACGACGGCACCUUCGUCGGCCUCAUCCGCCUCAUCGUGCUCGACCUCUCCCACAACGCCCUCACCCGCAUCGACUCCCGCACCUUCAAGGACCUGUUCUUCCUGCAGAUCCUCGACCUGCGGAACAACUCCAUCGGCUACAUCGAGGACAACACCUUCCUGGCGCUGUACAACCUGCACACGCUCAACCUCGCCGACAACCGCCUGCACCACAUCGGCUCGCUGCUCUUCAACGGCCUGUUCGUGCUCAGCAAGCUCACGCUCAACAACAACCUGGUCGUGAGCAUCGACUCGCAGGCGUUCCGCAACUGCUCCGACCUCAAGGACCUGGACCUCAGCUCGAACGUGCUACAGGAAGUGCCCGAGGCGCUCAAGGAGCUGUCGUUCCUCAAGACGCUGGACCUGGGCGAGAACCAGAUCAGCGACUUCCAGAACGGCUCGUUCCGCAACCUGCAGCAGCUGACGGGGCUGCGGCUGAUCGGCAACAACAUCGGCAACCUGUCGCGCGGCAUGUUCUGGGACCUGACGAGCCUGCAGGUGCUGAACCUAGCCAAGAACAAGGUGCAGCAGGUGGAGCGGGGCACGUUCGACCACAACUCGCAGAUCGAGGCCAUCCGACUCGACGCCAACUUCCUCACCGACAUCAACGGCGUCUUCUCGACGCUCACCAGUCUGCUGUGGCUCAACCUGUCGGACAACCACCUGGUCUGGUUCGACUACGCGUUCGUGCCCGGGAACCUCAAGUGGCUGGACAUUCACGGCAACUACAUCGAGAGACUCGGGAACUACUAUAAAAUUCAGGAGGGCCUCAAUAUCAAGACCCUCGAUGCUAGUCACAAUCGCAUUACCGAGAUCUCAGCCAUGUCGAUCCCCAACAGCGUGGAGCUUCUGUUCAUAAACAACAACUUCAUAUCGCAGAUACAAGUGAACACGUUCCUGGACAAGCGAGACAUCGUGCGCGUGGACAUGUACGCCAACGAGCUCUCGAAGCUGGAGCUGAACGCGCUGAGGCUGUCGCCCGUCGCCGACAACCGCUCCCUGCCGGAGUUCUACAUCGGCGGCAACGCCUUCGACUGCGACUGCACCAUGGAGUGGCUCCAGAUGAUCAACAACAUGUCCAAGGUGCGGCAGUACCCGCGCGUCAUGGACCUGGACAACAUCGUGUGCCGCAUGACGUACUCGCGCGGGCUGCCCACGCUGCCGGCCGUCGACGCCAAGCCCUCGCACUUCCUCUGCACGUACGAGACGCACUGCUUCGCGCUGUGCCACUGCUGCGACUUCGACGCGUGCGACUGCGAGAUGACGUGCCCGGGGAACUGCACGUGCUACCACGACCAGACGUGGACCACCAACGUGGUGGACUGCUCGGGGCAGGGCACGGCCGUCAUCCCGCGGCGCAUCCCCAUGGACGCCACGGAGCUCUACCUGGACGGCAACAGCUUCGGCGAGCUGCAGAACCACGUGUUCAUCGGGCGCAAGAACAUGCGCGUGCUGUUCGUGAACGCCAGCCGCAUCGAGUCCAUCCAGAACCGCACCUUCAACGGGCUGAACGCGCUCCAGGUGCUGCACCUCGAGGACAACCGCAUCCGCGAGUUGAAGGGCUUCGAGUUCGAGCACCUGACGCACCUGCGCGAGCUCUACCUGCAGAACAACGUGAUCGCGCACAUCGGCAACGUGUCGCUGGUGCCGCUCCGGUCCCUGGAGGUGCUGCGGCUCGACGGCAACCGGCUGGCCACCUUCCCCGUGUGGCAGCUCAACCUGAACGGCCACCUGGCCGAACUGUCGCUCGGCAACAACCCGUGGUCGUGCCGCUGCAAGUUCCUGCAGGAGCUGCAGGUGUGGGUGGCGGACAACGCGCGCAAGGUGGUCGACGGCGACGACAUCUGGUGCUACAACAACGAGACGCGGCCGCCGCAGCGGCGCGAGGUGGACCUGAACAACACGGCGUGCAGCGACUACUACGCCGGCGGCUCCGUCAUCCAGAGCAUCAUCGUGUCCGACUACCUGCCCAUGGUGGUCAUCACGCUGUCCGCCUUCCUGCUCGUCGCCGUGCUGACCGUGCUCAUGUUCGUGUUCCGCGAGCCCAUGCGCGUGUGGGCCUACUCGCGCUACGGCGUGCGGCUGUUCCGCUUCAAGGCCGCCGGCUCCAAGCACUGCGCCGAGGACCGCGAGAAGCUGUACGACGGCUACGUGUGCUACAGCCCCAAGGACGAGGAGUUCGUGCUGCAGUCCAUCGUGGCGGAGCUGGAGCACGGCAGCCCGUCCUUCCAGCUGUGCCUGCACUACCGCGACCUGCCGCACCACGCCUACCUGCAGCACGCCAGCUCGCCCGUCGUCGUGGAGGCGGCCGAGGCCAGCCGCCGCGUCAUCCUCGUGCUGUCGCGCAACUUCCUGCAGACCGAGUGGUCGCGCUGCGAGUUCCGCUCGGCGCUGCACGAGGCGCUCAAGGGCCGCGUGUUCAAGCUGGUGCUGGUGGAGCAGGGCAGCAGCCUUCCCGAGGCCGAGCUCGACCCGGACCUGCGGCCCUACCUCAAGACCAGCGCGCGCGUGCGCUGGGGCGAGAAGAGGUUCUGGGAGCGGCUGCGCUACGCCAUGCCCAGCCGCGACGCGCGCGGCAAGAGCUCGCUCUACCGCCGCAACAUCAACAACUACACGCUGGAGGCGGCCGUGGCCGGCGCGCGCGACCCCCGGCGCCGCGACGCCUGCCUGGCCAAGCAGCUGCAGCCCCCGCUGUUCCCGGCGGCGGCGGCGGAGUACGCGAGCCAGCAGAACAACCUGAACAACCCGCGCGAGGCGGAGGAGGCCAACUACUCGUCGGCGACCACGGCCACGCCGUCGCCGCGGCCGCACCGCCAGCAGCGGCUGGAAGACCCGGGCGCGCCGCGGCCCGCCUCCGAGCACAUCUACUCGUCCAUCGACGCCGACUACUCGACGCUGGAGAGGCGCGCGGCGGGCGUCCACCAGCCCCGGACCGCGGCAGCGUCGUGGCGCCCGGCGCACCAGUCCUACCUCGUGUGAGUGCGGCCCUCCGUCCCGGAGCCAGUGCUGCGAACCACACCCACUGAACCACGCUCCGCUCAAUGUUCAAGUGUCUCGUUGCGCGUUAAGUAAAUAAAAGGCUGCCGCAUCAUUGGUCCUCGGAAAGUGAGUACUUUUUCCAUGUUUCUAAACUAUCUUUUUAAUUGUGCGAGAUGGACAUUAGUAGUUUUUUUUUUCUUUGUGUGUUCUGUUCUUAGCGGACUUUUUUUUUUCUCUCCUUAAUCCAUGCAGACCACUCUUGUUUAUGUGUGUUUCCUAUGGCUGAAAGUCUGAUGCGUAUUACCGUCGUGAAUUUUUUUCCAACCCAGGAGAUGUAAUAAACGUUAAACAACGAUCGUACUGAAAUAUUUUUUGUUUAUAUUUGUACAGUUUCAAACGCUGCGUAUUUAAACGUUCAUGCAAAGUCAUUGUAAAUAGCAACUCGAAAAGUUUAUAUUACUGCUUGUAUUUCUAUUUAUGUGUGUUUUACGUAAGUCAAAGAAGACGGACGCAUUGCAUCCCAAAAAAGGCUAAAGAAAUAAUCAUUCGCGCAUUGCCUAGCAUUACAAAGUAAAUGUCAAGUGAUUUUUUUUUAUUUUUACCGUGUUGAUCGCUAUAUGCAGUGAAUUUAUCUGUGAUAAUAAAUAAUUUUCAAGUA